AUGCGCAAGGGCACCUCCGAAUCCGUCCUGGCUCCAGGCUCGCCCGUGGCGCAGCUGUCUCCCACCUGGCGGAUGAUGCUCCUGAGCGACGGCUCUGUGACGCGCCACCUCGAGCUCAUCACCGGCGGGGAGACGACUGUGGAGUGCACCCAGAUGCGGGAGCUGGGGCAGGAGGAGAUGGAGGCCGCCGCGGUCCCUGCUGCGGCGCAGCGGAUCCCUUCGCCGCUGCUGCAGCGGCAGGUGCUGCUGCGGUCGUCCCCGGGGCCGCCCCUGGUGUAUGCUGCCUCUUGGUGGUGCGCCGCCACCGUGAGGCGCUACCUCCGGGACAGCGACAUGCCGAUCUGGAAGAGCCUGGGGGCGGGCAGGGUGGAGGUCUACAGAGAGAUACUGGACGUGUACCAGGGCCACAACCCCCGCCUGGAGGCGCUACUGCAGCACCCUGGGCCCUUCUGGGGCCGCAGCUACUUCUUCCUGCACGGCGGCCGGCCCCUUACGCUCAUCCACGAGGUGUUCAGCCCGCGGCUGGAGGAGCACCUCGGGCCGCAGCGGCCGGCGGCCCGCACGCGUGGCGCGCGGAGAGGGGUGGAGUAA